CGAUCGAAGGUCACAUACGGCGCCCCGUGCCGCCCCUACUACAGGAGGUUUGAUCCUGAGUACGUCGCCCGUCGACCAACCGCCAUAACUUGCCCGUCGGGACGAAUGGUCGUGCCUAACGGCUUCCAAUCCAUCCUGAAGAAGGGCGCCCGCGUGCGCGAAUCCGGCGAGGUCUCGCACAGUUUCCGGGAAGAGUCGUACGACGCGCGAGAACUGGACGAAAUCUCGUCCUCCGUCAAGUGCUACCGAGGACCCGACGCCGACCCGCGCUGGAGGGAUGUGAACCCGGAGCAUUAUUACGACCUGUGUACGGUGUAUGCAGACACGUCGCGGGUCGUGCGCAAGCUGAAGAAGGGCCCCAAAGGAACAUACUACACGCUGGACUUUGACGUGAUCUUGCUGUGUGGGCAGACUGAGCUGGAGGCGCAGAUACGGUGGAUGGAGAACGCGAGUAGUGGCUUGGUUCUCCAGUGGAAUUUUGAGUUCGCGUUUACGACCCGGUUUACGUCGUACCUCCAGGGCGCCGAGAAGCGGUGA